CUGCUCUUCCACUCCUCUCUCCUCUCUGCUUCGUCACCGGCACAUCCAGAGGCACAAUGCCCCUCCUGCUCCGCCGCCUCGCCGGCGCCGUCUCGGCGCCCCUCCGCCGCCCCCUCUCCACAGCGCGCUCGCGCCCCCCGUGGGCCAUGGUGAACAUCGAGGCGGCGCUGGACGCGUCAGGGGUGCCUUCGCCGGGCGGGCGCGCGCGCGCGUCCUUCGACCUCAACGCGGCCCCGCGCGCCUCCCGCCUCUCCGUCCCCGCCCGCUUCGUCGACCCCCGCGGCUACAACACGGACUUCCUCGUCGGCAUCGUCCGCGGCGCGAGCUGCGACGGCCUCCUCCUCCUCGAGUACCUCGACACCCGCCAGUGCCGCAGGAUGCACGAACUGGACGCGGGCGGCGGAGUUGAGCGGGACCCGACGCUCUUCGUCUGCAACCCUCUAAGCGGCCAGCUGUUCCGCCUCCCUGCCCCGGACACGGAUGCCGCGAAGAUGGUCACGCCCUUUGGCCUGCUCACCCAGUCCCCCGAAGGCUCCCACGGCGGCCCGCCUGAUAGGUACGUGGUCGCUCAGCUCAGCCUCCGGGAAGGGGACAACCGCAUAGUCGUGCGUCGGUAUUUGUCGGAAACAGGGCAGUGGGAGGAGCGGCCGAUGGUCGGCGUGGCCGGGCCGCAGGACGCUGAGCGGCGGACGCUGGUAGACCACGAGGUGCUGGCGUUCGGGGACCGGCUGUGGUGGGUGGACGUGACCUGGGGUGUCUGCUCCGUCGACCCGUUCAGCGACCGGCCGGAGUGUCGCUUCGUCGAGUUGCCGGAGGACUGUGUGCUGCCUGCUCCACAUGUCGGUAACCUGGCAGUGAGUCUGUCCAUGAGCAGGUACCGGCGCAUGGGGUUCAGCGAGGGGAAACUGCGGUUCGUCCACCUGGGUAAAAAAGACAAGAAAGUCAUAAUCGGCUCCUUUUCCCUCGAUGCCGAGAGCUGGAGCUGGACGCUGGAUCACACCAUUGGAUUUCAAAUUCCAGAGACAUCGCCCGAUGAAUUUACUAUGCCACUAGACCACCACAGGCCGUGGAUUGCUGCCAUCGAUCCCUUCAAAGCCAACGUUUUGUACGUCCAACAUCGUGCUGCUGUUGUUGCCCUGGACAUGGCUAAGGCAGAGGAGAUUUGGAGGAGUCCUCUUCCUGAAAAAAUAGCCUGUCAAAUGGAGCGCCACUCUAGUCUCUUUCAUCCAUGCGUGCUCCCAACAUGGCUUGCAUCAAGCUAUAUCCCAGGAACCCCUGCGAGUGACAAGACAAAUUUCAAAGGGAAGACUUUGGCAGAGAUGCUGGUUCGUGUAGACAGAGGAUAGAAAAACUGAAGCGUGUCAGCUAACUUACCUUUGGUUCCUUAAUUUUGACCAACAAAAAAGUUGAAGGUAGCACCGAAGUAUUGAGAUCUCGUUUUGGGGAAAUUUUGUGACAAUUCUGGGCUUGUUCUAUUGGAUGAUACAAUUCUCUGUGAAAUGGACGAAUCUUCUUAUGUAUCUCAGACUUGUUUAGGUGCACAAUUGUUGAAUAGGAUGACUACAUGGCAUUGAUCAUAUUUCAUUGGCAACUUUUAUCGGACAGUCUCAGAAAUGCAACAUCACUUGCAAGACAUCAUGCUUAUGCUCUUUGUUAAAA